AUGGUGGAAUUUCCAAAUUUUUUGCGUGUCGCCAUUGUACCAAAAAUAGGCAUAUUUGAUGUCAAGAAAGAAAACAGAUCAAUAGUGACCAAAAAUGGAUCGGUAGUAAUUGAAGGAGGAUCGGAAAAUGAGAUUCUUGAGCUACUUUCCAGUGCUCUAAACUUCAAAUAUCAAGUUCUUGCCCCUGCUGAUGAGGAUUGGGGUAAUUAUUUGGGAAAUAAUACUUGGUCAGGGACGAUUGGUAUGGUGUAUCGAGGAGAGGCAGAUCUUGCAAUUGGCAAGAUUGCAAUCACAGAAAGUAGAGCAUUAGCAUUAGACUAUAGCUAUCCAUACGACAUUGAAAGGUUGACCUUUGGAACUAAGAUACCAGGACUAGUUCCAAAAUAUGCAUCCUUCAUUUGGCCAUUUUCUUGGGGAUUAUGGAUCGGAAUUUUCCUAAUUCUGAUAUUUAUGUCUGUAAUGCUUCAUAUAUUGCUAUGCAAGAACUAUUCUCUUCAGACUCUUGGUGUUAAAAUAUUUGGGAACCUUUUACAUCAGCAACUGAAUAUUGAAUAUCGCAAAUGCAGUGAUAAAAUUUUAAUUACUGGCUGGUUGCUAGGAUCCAUGUUUAUAUCAUAUAGCUACAAUGCUGUCUUGCUGUCCUUCCUAACAAUUCCUCAAAGAAAUAAAGGUAUAAGGUAUUUAGAUGAACUUGCGGAAGCAGUUGGGAAAGGUUCUUACAGAUGUAUGGUCUUCAGUGGCGACUCCCAUGCGGAAAUUUUUCGCAGAAGCCCUCAGCCAUCAGUUCAGCGCAUGGGAAAUCUUAUUUUAGAGAAUAACUGGAAAAUACGUGCUCUUAGCAGUGCUGCAAAAGAAGUCAUGGCUGAUGGACGUACAGCAGUAGUUGCUCCAAAAUUCUUCUUUCAAAAUAUCCUGGCAAAUCAAGCUCUCAUUUCACAUGAUUCGUUGUCUGCAAUAACUAGAGCAUUAUUCUUCAGAAAAGACUUUUGUUGCAAAGAAUUGAUGGAUAAGUAUAUUCACAGAAUAGCUGCCGGAGGUUUUUACCCCCGAUAUCUGAAUUUACAAUUAUAUCAGAGGCAAUUCUCAACAGCAUCGGCUGCAUCAAGUAAUACAGAUAGCUCUUUCAAGAGUUUGAAAAUAAAAGAUAUGCUAUCUGCUUUCCUCUUACUUUUUCUUGGUUAUUUCCUAGCAUUUUUUGCAUUGAUUGUGGAAAAAUGUCACUUUAAAAAGAUAAAUACAAAAAAGUAGGCUAUCAAUGAGUUGCUUAUGAUAAACACAAAAUGUUAAAAUGACAUCAAUAAUCUUCGUACAUUUUGUAUUAUAGUUCCUUUUCACUGCUGCUAAACGUACAAAUAUUUAAUACAGAACAGGAAAGAACUUAUGGUGAUAUGAAAAGGACUAUACAAAGAUGUGUUCGAAACGUAUUUGAAGUAUAUUCCUAACGUGUCUUCAAGUAAAAUAAGACUGGAUAGUUGAAUUUUUUGAAUUCCUGAGAUGCUUCAAGAAUAUUGUCUCAAUUGUUUUGGUAACGAAUCUUUGAUAAAGCAAAAAUUGCAAAGCUGUAUACUAUAAUAUAAAAAUUGAUGAUCGUUCGGAGCUUCUUAAUGUUGCUGCUAGCAUGAUUCUUAUGAUUUAUUUUUACUUGACUUUGGUUUUAUGUAGUAAUUAAAAAUAUUAGAUGUUAUGUAGAA